UCAGUUUCCUUAGUUCUUAGAUCGAGCUUGCCCUUGCCGUUCAUGACAGUAAUUUGCACUGAAAGCCCCGCUCAGAAUAUGCACGAAAACAUCGGCUAAUUUCUUUUCUGUCAAAAACAAAUGUUGGCGUCGCAUUCGAAGUCGAAUUCGGCGCAAUGGCAAUGGGAGAACGCGAUAGCCGGUGCAGUAGCCGGAUUCACCACCGUCGCUGUCAUGCACCCCCUCGACGUUGUUCGUACUAGGUUUCAAGUUAACGAUGGCCGGGUUUUCAAUCUUCCAACUUACAAGAACACGCCUCACGCGAUUUUCACAAUUGCUCGCUCGGAGGGUUUGAGAGGGCUUUAUGCUGGCUUCCAUCCUGCGGUUCUUGGGUCAACUGUUUCAUGGGGCUUAUAUUUCUUCUUUUAUGAUAGAGCAAAACAAAGGCAUUCAAAAAGCAAGGAGGAGAAGCUGAGUCCCGGUCUUCAUCUUGCUUCUGCUGCAGAAGCAGGAGCUUUGGUGUGUUUGUGCACGAAUCCUAUUUGGCUUGUAAAAACAAGAUUGCAGCUUCAGACACCUCUUCAUCAAACUCGACCAUAUUUUGGCCUUUAUGAUACCUUAAGAACCAUAAUUAGAGAAGAAGGGUGGAGUGCACUUUACAAAGGGAUCAUACCUGGUCUUUUUCUGCAGGUUUCCCAUGGUGCUAUUCAGUUCACAGCAUAUGAGGAACUCCGUAAGGUUAUUGUUGAUUUCAAGUCUAAAGACAGCAAAACUAAUUCUCAAUUUGAUGAUAAGUUGUUGAAAUCAGUUGAUUAUGCUGUUCUGGGUGCAUCGUCAAAAAUUGCCGCCAUUCUUCUGACUUAUCCGUUUCAGGUUAUACGAGCUCGAUUGCAGCAACGACCUAGUAGUGAAGGAAUUCCAAGAUAUAAGGAUAGCUGGCAUGUUGUGAAGGAAACUGUGCGGUUUGAGGGUGUCAAAGGUUUUUACAAGGGCAUUACACCAAACCUCCUGAAAAAUGUUCCUGCUGCGUCAAUAACAUUUAUUGCGUAUGAAAAUGUCCUAAAGUUGCUAAAAGUGACAAGAAGGAAGGAGUGAAAAUUUUGUUUGCUCUCGUCUCCUUUAAAUUCUCUGUAGCUACAGUGUACUUUGACAUCUUUGAUGCUCAAAGUGUGGUAAGAAAAAGUUUUGGAAUGCUCACAAACCUCAGUAAAUUA